AAUCAAGGAUUGGUGCUGCAUCGCUGUCUUCACAGACAUCUCUAAGAAUCAGCUUAUGCAUGAUUGUGCGUGGCCUUCUCUAGGCAGCCGGAUGAAGGUUUCUGCCACUUGUUCCGACAGCUGCAUUGCUGAACCACUGAGCUCUGUUGGCUGAAUGUUCGUGACACCCUUUCCUAACGCAGUUUACGAGGCUUAGACCUCUUGGACCCUAUGUCAUGGAAGCUUUGGAAGUAGAUGACAUCAGCCCUGCCUUAGAGGUGACUGAGGACUUCUUUAGUACUUUUGAUAGUAAGCUGGAAAAGGCCGUACAGCAAGCAGAGGUUUAUGGAAUUCAGGAAGUCCCUGAACUGGUGGGGCAUGAGGUAUUCAGUAACAUAACAGACAACGGUGCUUUGAGAAAUGUUGUCUCCCUAGGGAGUAAGGGGAACAUGAUUUGGGACCACUGUAAGAGCAGGCUACUAGAAACCAAAGCUCAAAAUGUCUUCCCUGCCAAAGAACAGCUUAUGGUCCAGAGAGGGACAGCCCCAGAUAACCUUUCCUGGAUGGAGCAGAAGGAAGCAUCAACCUUCAACUUUUUCAACAUCUGUCAGCGUCGGAGGGACAGACCUCGUUCUGUGAAUGAUUUAUUGGAUGAGAGCACGACUUUCAAGCCAGGACAUGCUCGGUCAAGGUCUGAUGUUACCCAUGUAGACUGGCGGCUAGUCCUCGGCACCAUGCCUUUGCAGCAGCAGCAGCUGUCUCUUCAAGGCCCUCACUUUGCCAGGCCGUCUUUUCUGUUGCCUUCACCCAGUAAGGUUGAAGAUGCUCAAGGAAAUACAGAACACAAGCAGACAUUCCCAAACAUACUGAAGAAGGGUUAUCUGGAGAUCAGGAAGAACCACGACAGUUACUGGCAAAGCUGUUAUGCCGAGCUCUCCCCCUACAACUUACACUUCUACAGCCUGGACAGCAGUGGGAAUCAAAGCCUGUAUGCCACGUACCAGCUUUCACAGUUCCAGAGCAUAUCUGUUCUAGGCAAUCUUGAGGCUAGGAUGGUAGACACUGUUCUCUCUGACAAUUCUCAGCUGCAGCUAAAGGCAGAGUCCCCAUGGGAGGCAUUGGACUGGGGGCAGAAGCUCUGGGAGGUUGUACAUGCUGCAGCGCCCAAUUACAUGGGCCGGCCGGAUGAGCCAGCAAACUCACCAGGACUUGGUUCACAGAACCACUGUUUACAGAAGAAAUCCAGUGGGCUGCUCUCCUCCCCUGUCCUGCAUAGCCCCAAGCAGUACCAAAACAUCCUCAAAUCAGGGACACUGUACAGACUGACCGUCCAAAACAACUGGAAGGCAUUUACAUUUGUGCUGAGCAAGGCCUAUCUUAUGGCCUUUCACCCUGGCAAGCUGGAUGAAGAUCCCCUGUUGAGCUACAAUGUGGACGUGUGUCUGGCUGUGCAGAUAGACAACCUGGAUGGUUGUGACUCUUGCUUUCAAGUCAUUUUCCCCCAAGAUGUCCUCCGCCUCCGGGCUGAGACCCGACAGAGGGCUCAGGAAUGGAUGGAGGCUCUGAAGACAGCAGCCAAUGCAGCGAGGAGUUCAGAACAAAACCUCCAAGUCACACUGAGGAACAAACCCAAGGAUCAAAUCGGUGGCCAUGAGCUGCGGAAGAACAAACGCCAGUCGGUGACCACCAGCUUCUUGAGCAUCCUGACAACUCUGUCUUUGGAGCGAGGACUUACUGCUCAGAGUUUCAAAUGUGCAGGAUGCCAACGAUCUAUUGGUCUUUCUAAUGGCAAGGCCAAGGUGUGCAAUUACAGUGGGUGGUACUACUGCAGCAGCUGCCACGUGGACGACAGCUUUCUCAUCCCAGCACGAGUAGUUCACAACUGGGACACUUCAAAAUACAAGGUGUCCAAGCAGGCCAAGGAGUUUCUGGAGUAUGUGUACGAAGAGCCCCUGAUCGACAUCCAGCAGGAGAACCCCAUGCUGUACCUCCACGCAGAGCCACUGGCCACUGUUGUACGACUGCGACAGCAGCUGAAAUCUCUCCGAGCCUAUUUGUUCAGCUGCCGGGCGGCAGUGGCGGAGGAUCUGCGCCGCAGAAUUUUCCCCAGAGAAUACCUCCUGCAACAGAUCCACCUGUACUCUCUUGCUGACCUGCAGCAGGUGAUAGAGGGAAAACUGGCUCCGUUCUUGGGCAAGGUCAUUAAAUUCGCCACCUCGCAUGUCUACAGCUGCAGUCUUUGUAGCCAGAAAGGGUUCAUCUGUGAAAUCUGCAACAAUGGCGAGAUCCUCUACCCUUUUGAGGACAUUUCAACAAGCAGGUGUGAAAGCUGUGGAGCUGUCUUCCAUUCCGAAUGCAAAGAAAAGUCUGUCCCCUGCCCACGGUGUGUCCGCCGGGAGCUGCAGAAGAAGCAGAAGUCCUUCUGGCGGCAGCUGAAUGUGGACGAAAGCCUAGAGGAGGCCUGCACCAUGUUCGAGCUGUCCUACCAGAACACCUGACUGCAGGCCAGGCUGUACUCACUCACUCACAACCACCCGAGCGGCCACUCAGGUCCAUGCAGAUGAGGCUGUUUUUUCUCCAGCUAGAUGUAGAUAUCUAAGUUAUUUAUUUAUAUCAUACACACCUAUACAUCCUGUACAUAUGCUUCAUAUAGCCCAUUGUCCCAGAGGCCCAUAGUGAUCCUGUGGCUGAACUCCUACCAGGUAGCUGAGAUACACUUGGCCAUGAAAUUCAGCUGCUUGCUCCCAGAAACUGUGGUUUACAUACUUUGCUCUGUAGUACAGACCUCUGUACUCACACUGGCUCUAAGGACCAGUCUACUGCACAGGCAUCGGAGGAAGCAUCUCCCACAGCAAAGCUUUGGGUUGUUACUGAGUUUUAGCCUCUGCUGGGGAAACUGAGACAGAGACCAUUGUCGUUGGCUUCACAAAGAAAUCUCCAAAACUCAAGAAUGCUUCUAGAUCCUUCCAGGCAGAGAUGAGAAGAGUGAAGCAGAGCCACCCAGCAGAGACCCAGAGGGCCCCUCCCCCCAGCAGGAAGCAUGAGGAGCAGAGCUACCCUGGGUUUGACGUUAAUCCCUGAACGUGUGUCCAGAAGGACCUCAGUGGCCAGUCAUUGCAGCAUGCCCUCCUUCUGUUUGCUGGUUCGAAGCCCAGAAGCUGCCAGAGGAUACCUGCCAGAGUGGGUGUCCUAAGAACAGAUUUCCAAGCAUGGAUCGGAGGAUGUCUGUUAUUUUUUCAUAGUGCUGGUCAGGAGGAAAUGUCCCAGGAUUGUCCUCAAGCAUAUCAGUGUGUAGGUAUGCCACACAUAUCUUGGGGGACACAUUGUUUCCUUUCCUAGAGUGCCCACCUGUCAUCUCGAAUGUUUUAUUUCUCAUUGUCCUUCUCAGUACCUUUGACCCUUAAUUAGUCCGUGUAACUAUUCCUGCUUUUGUAUUCUGGGUGUUUUGUUUGUUUGGGAUGGGGGCAGAUUUUAACACAGGGUCUUGCUAUAUAUCUCUGGCUGGCUUCAAACUUGUGAUCCUGCUGCCUCAUCCUCCAAACACUGGGACUACAGGUGUGUACCACCAUACCUACCCUGGCUUUACUUGUUUUUAAUUAUUUAAAAAAUUAUUUAAAAUUAAAAAUUAUAUAGUUAUUAAAGAGUAACAUUUUAAAAAAGACCAACCUAAAUUAUUAAGAAAAUACCAAACAUAAGUAGAAUUCAUGAAUUUAAUAUUAUUGGAAUAAGUAGAUAUAUACAUAUAUAAUUGCCACCUUCCAGUAACACAAAAAGUAAAUAAUACAGGAGAGAGAAAUGAAUCACUUUGCUAUCUGGAGGGCAGUGUCCUCCCCUUGUAAGAGCCUGUGUAGUUGUCACUGUGACCAAGAUGGCUGGUAGAAUGGCCCUGGGAACCUGAUGGCCAGCAUUCCUGCUGCCUUAACACAAGGAAGUAAUUUGUCUGUCUGUCUGUCACAUUGAGCCGAUGCUGUCCAUGCUUUCUUUCAACCUUUCGGGUUUUCACUGCUAUUCAGAUCUGAGGGAAACACUGACUCACAAUGUCCUUGUCCGUUUCAUCUCCACGUUGCUCCUGCAGGCACCAGCUCUUGAUGCUCUGUCCACUAGAAGACAUCCGCUGACUUGUGCAGCUAGGGGUGAGCAUUUCACCUCUCAGCCCACACCAUUUCCUUCUGCCCCAGACCACACAGUUCAGCGCUACACAAGUGUUCAUUUCCUGGCUACCUAGAAGCUAUAACCAAGGCAUGAAACUUGGUAAAAAGGCCAGGGCCCUAUUUGCCAGACACCUCACGGUGCCUCUUUUAAACUCUUGGAAAAGGUUGACACCCCCUCAGAUGGAGUGGUAGAGAAUGUUGCACACAAAAGACAAGGGUGGGAAGUCUCCAACACUUGGCAAAUAGGCAAACAAGUUUGAGUGUCUCCCUUCCUCCUCCCCUUUGUGAAAUACAGUAUUUAUAUUUUCCAGCCUCAGAGAAGAGAGCAAAACACGAUCUUUCACAGGAGAAUUAUAGACCUGCUUAUUAUGAAACAGAUGUGCUCCCGUGGCACAGUGCCUUCUCUCUCCACCCCCAAAUCCCUGUCACUGCAGCUUAGUCUUUGGCUUUGCUGUAAUUAAUGUAUCUGUGAUUCGAACUAUCAAGGAGGCUGUUCCCAGCACACUGAGUAUGGAGACCUGAAGAACAGAGCCCACCCCCAUACACACACACACACACACACACACACACACACACACACUUACUUGCCCUGUGUACAGAAUGUCCUGCCCUGAAUCAUGGGUGCCCAAGGUCAGACCUGCCAAAAGUCAAGGGCGAAAUCUGACUCCCAGCUCAAGACACCUGAGUUGUCCCCUUAGAGGGCCCUGCUGUAUGUGAAACAGACCUUGGGAGUGCCUAAGAACUUUCCCGGGACAUUGCUUUUUGCUUCCUUUUUAAAGGUAAAAAAGAUAAAUGCAUUGUCAUCAGCGAUCUAAAACUGGAGCCAGGUCACCACUGCUUCUCUCCACUCUGUUGUACAUCCCUGAUAGCCUAGUCCAUGCCAGCCAUGGGCUCGCAACAACCAUUUCUGCCACCGCCACCAAAAUCUGAUAGGACACAGUGGAGCCAGCUUAGGAGUUGGGUCUACCAUGAAAAUUCAAAAUUGCCAGUCUCAAUCCAGAAUGUCAUAGAGUGCAUGAAGGCCCUUACUGUUUUCAGGUCUAACAAAUGAGUUGGUGCAGUGUUAGGUAAUUGUUCUACUGCUUAGAAACCACUGAAACAAAAGCAAGCCUGUGGAUUUCCACCUCCUUUUUUCAUCUCAGUAAAUAUCAUACACGUAAAGCAUAAUGGAAAACGGCCCAUUAAUCUCCUGGAGCUGGCAGCGCAGUCCAGGGAACUGCUUUUCACUAAACAGCCCAUUCCCUGGUGUAGCACAAGAAUUCCCUCCUGCUCAUGCCAGAAACUCAUGUGUGACACCAUCCAGCCUGGGGGAAGUGUUGGCACCCAACCCCACCGUCAAGCAGCCAGUUCCUAAAAUAGACCUGUGUUUGCACUGCAGCAGGAAGGCCACAGAGUGCUCAGAGGCAGUCAAUCCACUGUGGUGGGAGCCGGCCUCUUCCCAGGGCUGCCUGUUCCCAGAGUUGAAAACAGUUUUAUAUGAAAUCAUGUAAACUCUGCUUUCUCCCUAACUUUAUUUGCCGAAUAAGGGUCAGUUUUGGGCAGCUUCACAUUUGAUGAGUUGAGCGGUGACCACUUCUUAAUUCUUCUAUAACAGGUCUCUACCAAAAAAAAAAAAAAAAGAGAAUA